GGAAACCACAAGCGGAGUGCAAGGUCGCAUCCGGGCUGCUAGCUGCAGCUCGCGACUGGCAGCUUAGGGUGGACCUGGGGAGGCAGCUCAAGUUCCCGGAGCACAAUGUGAGGACGUCGCUCAGACCAGAUAUGGUGCUAUCAUCAGACUCCUCAAAGCAAGUUGUGCUCCUAGAAUUGACAUUCCCUUGGCAAGACCGAGUGGAAGAGGCUCAUGAGAAGAAGAAGAGGGCCAAAUACCUGGAAUUGGUAGGGGCCGAAACACCCUGUGACCAUGGGUUCAUCACUGACGAUGUGUCCAUGCCACACCUUUCAGACAUGGCGCUGACGGUGUGGUGCUUGUCAUUCCGGCAGCCGUACGCCGGUCUGGUUCUGGACGGCGUGAAGACGGUGGAGAGCCGCUGGCGCCCGCUGCUGGCACAGCUGGAGAACCAGACGCUGGCGGUCCACGUGGCGCGGCGGGACUGGGAUGGCGAGGAGUGGCGAGCAGUGCUGAGCGGACCGCGAGGGAUGAAUCCACCGCAGAUUGGAGCGCUGCUCGAGUCCGGAGACAGGUUCGGCCGCGGCGUGGUGGCAGGGCUGGUGGAUGUGGGCGAAACCUGGCAGUGCCCGGCCUCCCUGCAGGGGGCGGGGCUUCAGCACCUGGAGCUCUCGGCCGUUCUGAUUGGUCUGCAGGAGAAAUACCUGACUCACCUGUCCAACCCUCGCUGGCUGAAGGAGCCACUGAGCGCCCCAGGAGGUCGCGACCUCUGGAGCGUGGAGAUCCCCGUCGAGCUGUUACCAUGACGACAAGUAAUCAGAAUAUGGCCUGCUCGUCCAACAGGAAGUGAUCAUCGCUCUGGGAUGUGUCGUGUCCUCACGCCGUCACUGACGACCAGCUGACAGGAAGUAACUCACGGCGAGUGUGAUGUCAUACUUGUGAUGUCAUGAUGCUGCUCUGUGCCCUGGGGCCGCACUGACAGGCUGAAGGUUCAUUCCAAGGAAUGUUUCAUAAACGUCGGGUUCAAACAGGUGAAAUACAGCGAGAUGCUGCUGACAUAAUGUCUUUGUUUCUGUUUCCUGUUUGUCCCGUCACAAUAAAGCUCAUCAUGUCUGUGUUUCUGUUUCCUGUUUGUCCCGUCACAAUAAAGCUCAACAUCAGCUCCA